GCUGCCCAGACUGACACCUCUCUGUGCUCUCAGUGGAGACUCACGUGGACACUUUCCCCUGACGUAAUUGCCUCAGCCCGGUAGGUGGCGACCUGCCCAAGCGAAUAUAAUCAGAUUAAACCAGCCGAUAUUCGGAUGGACCUGCCGGCUACCAGACAUACUGUGCACCUGGUGGAUCUAAUCCAUGUGUAGGUUGUGUCUGCAGCUUUUAUUGUAUAGUUCUAUCUAGACAAAGAUAAGAAUUAGUCAUUAUUUUUGAGCUAUUGUGUUUUCACCUGCUGAUCACUUGUCUUGAUGUAGCCUUUAUUAAAGGCAGACAGGGUGCCGAUCGUGGAGGAGAAUCCGCGUCUUGCAUACUGCAACGCCGUGACGCAACUCUCACUUUCCUGCUGCAACACAAUAAAAUAUGAAUCGCCGAAGCGGCGACGAUGGGACGCUUCUUCUUUGUGAGUAAAUAUCGUUUAAAUGGUGAGAGGUGGGGGUGUGGCGCUGACCAUCUCCCAUUCACCAAAACAAUACACGCCCAGAGAGCUCGCACAUUUGUGGCGUAAAAAAGGAAAGAAGCCGCGCCGGGUUCCAGGUUUGAUCACUGUGGAGCUAUCUGCUGUGAACUGCCUGGGUGCACAGGCCAGCCAGCAAGCCCCUCGCCUGCUCCGUCCCUCCGCAGGCUCCAAAUAAAAAGCGAUCCACGCAGGGAUCCUCAUCGCAUUACACAGAUUCAAAGCGCUGGAUGCAGAGCGAGACCAAGUGGCCUGCACAUUAAGAUGCGAUAACUACGGCAUGUUAGCAUUAUGAUCCAUGGCUGUCAGUGUGUCAGUGCAAGAUGUGUUCCAAGAGGAGAUUGAAUGCCUCUAAAAUUUCAAGGCUGUGAGCCCUGUGCAGGGUGGUGAUGAGCACUCAGGGCAGCAGCAGCAGGGGAAGUGGCCAGCAUGCUGACACUCCUCCCCCUCGUCACGCCCCUGGACCUAAGCUGCAGGUGCAGCGCUCCCUCUCUCGUGACACUAUCACCAUCCACUUCUCUGCUCUGGGGAAGGAGGAAGAUGAUGAGGACGAGGAGCUCUACGGGGUACCUGUUGCAUCUGUUGGGGAUAAAUCUGGGCUUGGUAGUGCAGGGGGACUUCAAGGUUUAGAAGCUUCAGGGGCUGAUGACCAGUCUAUCACUACGGGCUUGGAGGCAAAAGAAGAACUGCUGUUUGAAUCUGCUGGUGUGGAGACCUCAGGAGUUGCGGUGCUUCCUGUUUCAUCCACCACCCUAUCUUUGCAGCCCUCAGACCCUGAUCCACACACACCCUCUCUCGCCAUGACUAUUAUCCCCACCUCCACCCACUCCCACCUGAGCUCCAACCCUCCUGCGAGCUCCUCCUGGCCCUCUGACCGACCCUCAGCCAAUCCGCCGUCCACAAGCUCCAGCUCCUCCCCUUGCAAGUCUGCAGCGCUGACCUCCUCCAAACCUUUCCUCAGCCUGGUCAGGUCCUUGUCCAAUGAUGUUGAGUCUCGAGAAACCACUCCUGCGCCUACCACUGUUGCACCAUCACACGCACGCCACCGUCACUUAAUGAAAUCUUUUGUUAAGUCUCUUUCCACGGACACUUCAAAGGCUGAACAUCAAGAAGGGCCUCUUCAUCACUAUCUUCAUCAUCCCCCUCAACAGCAACAGCAAGGACAGCCAUCCCAUCGGCCUCCACCUCGCAACAUGCAGCUCUUCAAACAGUUCUCUCAGCCUCGCUUAUCCUCCUGCCCCGUCAUCGUCACUCAAGCAGGUGGAGACUCCAAAACAGCCCCCUCUUCCCCCAUAAUGUCCCCAGAUGGUAGGUCUUUCUUCAAGGUCCAAGAAGUGGAGGCCAGAAUAGAAGAUACCAGGCGGCGGCUGUCAGAGGUGAUGUCAGACCCCCUGCAGCUUUUUAGUAAGAUCAUGGGGGACGAGUCUGGCAUGGGAGCUGGUGGAAGUGCUACUCAUCGGGCCAAAUCGCUGUCCUCCAGUGCAUCAGAGCUCAGUGGGGUGACAGCAGUAAAUGGACAUGCAGAAGGUAACAGCAACUAUAGCAUCAAGGAGGAGGAAGGGGCAGAAGGGGAAGAAGAGGAAGAAACCCCCACGGGUAAGGGCCCUGACUCUGUUUUUUUCUCCUUACCAUCACAAGCACCAGCCCCACCCCUCAUCCAGGCCUCCUCAUCCACGUUCCCAAAGUCUCCUUCUCUAACCCUGGGCCGCUGCUCUAUGUCGGCCCUGGUAGCGAGACAGGAAGACGAGGACUUCUGUGAACUGUACAGUGAAGACUUUGAGUUGUGUACCGAUACAGAAACACCAGAUGGGGAUCGCCCUGGGUACCAGCAACCUCAUACUGGCAGCGCUGGGUUGUGUAGUGAACUUGACACAGAGGAGGAGGAGAAAGAGGAGGAGGAGUUGGAGACUCUGCCUGUGACUGGCCUCAUCUUACUGACACAGUUGGUGUACUGGUAUUUAGUCCUCCCAGUGCCACCAUAUGUGUGUGCAGUAGUGCAUGGGAUUGUAGCUGGGUUCAUGUUGGCCUUGCUGGUACUUUGGCUGUCCUCUCCUCGAUGCUCCUCAUCAGGGACAAGAAGAGGGAGGCGAAGGAUAGAGCCCUGGAAUGUGGCUCAGCUGGAUAUCAAAGAACCAGGAAUCUUCAAGGGCUGGAUGAAUGAGAUCCACAACUACGACCCGGAGAUGUACCAUGCCACGCUGACCCACUCCAUUUACAUCCGUCUAGAGGGCUCCGUACUGCGUCUGUCUAAGCCCAACCGGAACAUCUCCCGCCGUGCCACACACAACGAGCCUAAACCUGACGUCACCUACGUCAGCCAGAAGAUCUAUGACCUGACCGACAGCAAGAUCCAGCUGGUGCCCCAAAGCUUGGCUAGAAAGAGAGUUUGGAACAAGAAGUAUCCAAUUUGCAUUGAGCUGGCCAAGCAAGAGGACUUCAUGUCCAAGGCCCAAGGAGAGAAGCCCGAAGCUGGGGAAGACAAAUUGACAGGGCUGGGUGAGAAGCUAGAACGAUCAGACAAAUGCGAGAAAGUUGAAGUAUCAGGAUCAGCAGAGGAACCCAAAAGGCCGUCCUCUGGUGGUGGGGAUCUAACAAUCUACCUGUUUGGGAGGACGGGUCGGGAAAAGGAAGAGUGGUUCCGGAGAUUUCUUCUAGCGUCCCGAAUGAAAUCAGAAGGGAGAGGUGGCAGUCUGCCUAGCAUCUGCAAGAGUGCCUUCCUGCCCUCCCACAGCCGCAGUAGCAGCACCCAAUCUGGUGGAGGCCUGGAGGCUGACAGCAGGAGCAGCAGCCGGGGAAGCCUGGAGGAGCUGUCUCAGUCUCGCCACAGAGAGGCCUCUUCUGCUCUCUCCUGUGGCUCUACUGGAGGGAUGAAGCAAAAGAUGCUGUUGGACUAUAAUGUCUACAUGGCCAAAUAUGUAAACGCCCAGGCACCACAGAGAAGCCCAACUGCCACCGACAGCCCUGGGCACAGCCCUGAGAGCAGCCCCAAAACUACCAAAAAGAUACGCAGGAUUUCAGAGGAGACUGUGGAGCCUGAGGCCUGGCUCAAUGCUUUUCUGGGAAGGACAUUCUGGGACUUCCUGGGAGAAAAGUACUGGGCCAAUGUGGUCUCCAAAAAGAUCCAAAUGAAGCUCAGUAAGAUCAGGCUGCCGUAUGUUAUGAAUGAGCUGACUUUGACAGAGCUAGACAUGGGCUUUUCCAUUCCUAAAAUCCUCCAUGCCUCCAAACCAUCUGUGGACCACCAAGGUCUGUGGUUUGACCUGGAGAUCUCCUACGCGGGCUCCUUCCUCAUGACACUAGAGACCAAGAUGAAUCUGGCCCGUCUGGGGAAGGAGGGCGAGGGGCUAAGGGAGCACGGAAAAGAGUGUGACUGGCCCAGGCCACGGACAUACUGUCUGGCAGACAGCGAUGAAGAAUCGUCUAGUGCUGGCUCAUCAGAUGAGGAGGAUCCCCCAGAACUCCUGAGUGACAAAGCCAUUCUUCCUGGAGGCGAGGGCUAUGUGGGAGGCCACAGGCCCAGCAAGAUCAUGCGGUUUGUGGACAAGAUAGCCAAGUCGAAGUACUUCCAGAAAGCUACGGAGACAGAGUUCAUUAAGAAGAAGAUGGAGGAGGUGUCCAACACGCCGCUGCUGCUCACCGUGGAGGUGCAAGAGUGCCGUGGGACGCUGGCUGUCAACAUCCCACCUCCUCCCACGGACAGGAUAUGGUAUGGUUUCCGGAGUCCGCCUCACAUAGAGCUGAAAGCGCGGCCUAAACUGGGUGAGAGGGAGGUCACUUUAGUUCAUGUGACAGACUGGAUUGAGAAGAAACUGGACCAGGAGUUCCAGAAAAUAUUUGUGAUGCCAAACAUGGAUGAUAUAUGGCUACCCAUAAUGCACUCUGCCAUGGACACGCGUUCAAAUGCCAACUUGGUUACUGUGACAGACGAUGCCUUGAAGGACCCAGAACCCGAGGAGUCUGAGGUCUCCGACAUGUGAAGAAGUGUUUGGCCUCAGACACCUCACAGGUGCAGCCAGGGGCCGGGGCCAACGGUUCAAUAUUUUUACCUGUCCCCCCAGUCCCACUUUUGCACCAGUCUGUGGCCACUCAUAAGUGCACUCACAAAACUGAAAGUGCUGGCGAGCUUGUAAUCAUCUGUGGCAACUCCAGGCAGGACGACGGAAGAGAAUCGUGACUCAUAGACAGUUUUGUUUGUGUGACAUCAAAUACGGUUAAUUCUCUGAAGAAACGCAAUACAUGGGACAUGUCAAGACUUUUUUACAAAUGUGCGUGGCGGUGGAUGGACAAAUAGCCAUCAGAUUCAACCAGAACCAUAAUACCUGUGAUGUACAGCUGCACAAAACACAGUAGUGGUACAGUGUAAACCUUUUGUGCAACCUUUCUAUUCGAGUGGUUUAUUGUCGCUAUAACUCUGCGAGAACUUUGAGGCCUACCAAUGAAGAGUGUGUAUGUUUUGAGUGAGGAAACAUUUGAGGGAAUAAUCCUAAAAAUUUGGAGAUGACUUUGCUGAAAGCCCCUGCGUCCAUUAAUACACAUUUCACAGGGAUAGCAACUCUUUUACCCCCCAUCCACACUGCUGCCUGUGUCAGCCGCCUGGCACUUUUAUGCAAACAGAUCAAUGGCACUGUGUCCAUUGAAGAAACUGGGGUCAUUUUAAAUCCAACAUGGGCACUAACAUAACAUACAGUCUGUGUGCUUUUAACUGUGUUAGGGGAUAGAACUAAAACUGGCUUCAGAAGGGUGAAUUAAAACAUAUCUGCAAACACAGCAGCUGAACAAUGCCUAGGUUUGAUGAAUGUAUAAAUGAGAACGCAGCAGAAUAGCUCAUUCACUGACAAAGUGCUGCUAAGCAACAUGCUUCAAGACUUCUUUUCAUGUUAUAUUCAGAGUUGAGCAAAAGUAAUAACUUUCUGUUUUUAUUGCCAAAGCAAUCUUUCAGUCUUGUGUUAAGGCUACUAUAUGAGGUAAACAGUGACAAAUAAGCAAUCCAGUGAUGUACAGCCUAAGUUUGGAAAAUUGUAGCUAGAUAUAUUAUCAGGAGGGAGUGAUGGGGGGGCAGCAGGCAACUGAAACCCUUCUCUGAACACGUAACGUGUCUUUAUAGGUGAAAAGAGGGGGAAACAAACCCACUCUUCCUGUUUUAUUUGAAUAAAUACCAUACUGGAUGUUAGCCAUAUUAUUUAAUGUCAUCAGCCAACCAGCUAAUGAAUGCUCAAUAUUUUUGUUGUUGAAGUAUUUAUUGAUUUGCUGUUCUUUCUGUACUGAACACAUUUAAGAGUAACACCAAUAAACUAGAACAGUAACUUUGUAAUCUGCCAAGACACCUGUGCUGCUUUACAGGCGACUAUUAUUUUACAUGUUUUACGUUCCAGUGUGUAUAGGCAAUGUGUAUGAGGCAGAAAGUGCCUUUAAAAUAAUCAAAACAUUCCUCCAUAGUGAGCCGCCACAUUUGUUCGAUCAGUUGAAGGUAGAGAGAAAACAUCUUUGUGCCAUUACUGCUUCUGUCAAGACAUGCCCUUUGUUUCCACAGGUUUUGGUGUUGUUUAUUUGCAGUGAUGAAAAUAUGAAACAUUGUUGUGUUCAGUGAUGUCACAGAAUGUUAUGGUUCUGAUCGUUGUGGAUCAAUAAAACCGUUUGCUUGGAAAGAA